CCAAGACCACACAGAAGCUCGGGAAGGCCGUAAAGCGUCUAACAGCCGGGGCAUUGUCGUGCUUCUCAAACGAAUCCCUCCACAGUUACAGCUUUGCAUCCUUCGAGACCAGGGUAGGCCUUCGACAAAACAUGCGUCACGUUGAGAGGUGGGAUCGAUAUCAGGGUGCACAUGCGCAUCUGCAUCGACGCUUGAUGCCGACUGAUGACAUUGAUCCACACUGGGUGUCGUGCGCAGAGCCCUUUCCACUCAGCGAUCGAUCACACCAUGAAGGAGCUGUUUUCGCCUACCCGAAGCGACAUCUUUGCCCUGAAGACCCCCGUAAUGUCCCCGACCCCGAGUCAGGGGUCCAAAACAACCGACUCUCCUUCGAGAACGCCCAAGGCCACCAUCACCGUCAACACUAGCGUCGGUCUCUUCGGAAUCUCUGGCGGCCGAUCGGCCUUGUCGUCGCCCAAACUCACACCCUAUACUCCGACCAAACACGUUGCCCCAAACCAAGCCAUGAUCACCACCAAUGCCAGCUACGAGAUUCUGACAUGCAACGAAGUUGCUGUUCGGUUGGUUGGGUACUCCUCCGUUGAUAUCAUCGGCACCAACAUUCUCUCGAUACUGUGCUCGCCGUAUCGAGAAAAGUUUCGGAAGCUUCUCCAGGCUGUCUGUUCAGUGAGUGGCCGCGCAACAUGUUUGGGCAGCGUCGCUGCAGGCGACAGUCUGUUGGGUCCAAGUGUGCUGGCCUGUGGAUCUGUGAUUCGCAUAAAGAGGAAGGAUCGAUCAAUCUACCCUGCCUCAUUAUGGCUCAAGGAAAGCGCCAACGACUCGGGCAGCAAGAUAUAUAUAUGGGUCUUUGAAAAGAUCGACGAGGAUAUGAUCGAGCUCGAGAUGUCGUCUGAGGGGCUGCUGUACGACGUUUGUGGCGAGUUCUCCAAGCUCUACGGUGCUGACUUCAGUGCGGCCGAGAGACUUUAUCUACAGGAUAUAUGUCCAUCGCUGCUCAUCCAGGACGAUUCACUGGAGCUGCUGGACAUAAUCAAGAAGUGGAAGUUCUUUGGUGCUCGCUCCAGGGAAGGAGCAACGUUUCCUAUCCUCCUCAGGGUAGUGGCCGACCAACCCCUUGGUACUACUUGGCCAAAUUACAGCGCCAAAGCAGGAGCACCCCUGCCCAGCGAGCAUGACGGGCCGAAUUUGCAACCCGGGCCGAAAUCGGCUGAUGAUCUGGAUCCGGAAGCCAGCAUUCACCUGCAGCUCAUCUCUAUGCCAAACAUUGCGGGGGUUGUUACCGUCCACGAGAACGGACUGAUCCAGUCCUGCAAUUCGAUUUUCACAAAGUUCCUCUUUGGCCUGACCAGCAGCGACAUUGUCGAAAAAAGCGAUAUCACCGAGCUGCUCCCUCAGUUCUGGCAGCUCCUGAGCGCCGCUACCAACAACGGAAGCGACCUCAAGGGAUACACUCCGAUCCAGCUGAUCCCGCCGUCAAAGUGCCGCAAGGUUGCUGCCGUGUCCCCCGUUUCGGCCGGCUCGCUGACACACUUUCCAACCGACUCGACACCUCGCACCGGAGGGUCGGUCAAUGUCGCCAACGUCAUCGCCGAGGCCACACGCUCGACCGGCAGUCUGACGCAGGCGUCCCGCCAGGCCGUUAUGACGAGCGGUGUUAUUGCUGUCCACCGCGACGGAACUCGCUUCAACGUCGAUCUGCAUAUCCGGCCGGUGCAUGUCUCUCAUGAAGUCCUGUACGCUGUCUGGAUCACAUUUGACCGCGCACUGCACUCACCGCCCAUGUCGACCACGCAGCCGUCUUCGCCUGUUCGCGGGCUGAGCGUCGCCGGAGACCAAUCGCCUGUGACGACUGGUUCGUGGUCGACCAAGCGGCCACCCGAAGAAGUCGCGGAGAAUAAGGAAGAGCUUCCAAAACUACCAGCAGCUGCGAUCCAGACGCCAGCCAUUGGAUCGCCGUUCACCAUCGACAAAGAGCUUGAUAUCGGACCCGGCUCUCCAGUAGCCGUAUCAGAUGUGCUUGCGACGGACUCAGUUAUCCUCUCACCUCAAGGAUCCGAGCCUCUGGUCGGCGAAAGGGAUGGCCAGGGUAAAGUCACAGAAGCGAGAGAGAGUGAAGGGCAACAAGAAACCAAGCUGGUGGACUCGGCAGAGACCGAGCUGAAGGAGGUCCAGGGCCAGAAGAGGGACUCGUCGAGUGAACAUGUGCCCGAGGACUUGGACGAAGGAGAGACCGAGUGCUCUCCAGACCAGUUUACGCUGAAGGAAUUCGAGAUCAUCAAGCCCAUCGGCGAAGGCUCGUAUGGAUUUGUUAGGGUGGUCACCCGUAAGAACGAUCCCCGCGAGAAAAAAUACGUCAUGAAGUUUGUCGUCAAAUCUCGCAUUCUGGUGGAGUGCUGGAUGAGGGACAAGAUCCUUGGCCUGGUGCCGCUGGAGAUUCACAUCAUGAACUUCCUCAAGAACAACCCGCACCAGAAUGUCGUGCAGAUGCUCAAGUAUUUUGAAGACGAUGACUACUUUUACAUACUCAUGGACAUGCACGGCCACGGCAUUGAUCUCUUUGAAUUCAUCGAUCGCAACCAGACUCUCACAGAGGGCACGGUGCGCAAGAUCAUCUACCAGGUUAUCUUGGCCGUGCGCCAUCUUCACAGACACGACAUCGUGCAUCGUGACAUCAAGGACGAGAAUGUUAUCGUCGAUGAUGAAUACUCGAUCAAGCUGAUAGACUUUGGGUCAAGCGCGUAUCUGAAGCCCAACAAAAAGCCUUUCGAGACCUUCUUUGGAACAAUCGACUACGCUUCACCCGAGAUCCUCAGCGGCGAUAAAUAUGAAGGGAAGCCGCAGGAUGUCUGGGCUCUAGGCAUCCUAGUUCUUCACGCUGAUCUAUGGCGAGACGCCGUUCUACAACAUCGAAGAAACUAUCGCCUGCAACUUGAGGUUCCCGUUCCCGUUCUCGCCAGGUGCAAUCGACGUUAUCACCAAAACGCUGAGCAAGGACGCUGCCCGGCGCCCAACGGCAGAGGAACUUGCAAAGCACCCUUACUUUGAGCCGUGUUGGGAUAUCUAUGGUACAUGAAACUCGGCCGCCACUUUGCGUUAUGCGCGGCCGCGCAAUAUCACCCCCCGUGGUGUACCCAUCCCAAGUUGAAAGGUUCUCUCAGCGCAAAGUCAUCGAUGCCCAAGGCGUGUCAUCAUUCAGCAAUAUCCCCUGCCACCCAACAGACACAUGUAUCCUGGCUUGCUCUGAGAUGGU